GGUGGGCCAUAAUCCGGAGGUAACCAUAAUCCGGAAGAACACCAAGUAGGAGGUGAUUGAAAAACCAGCCGGGGCAAACUCAACCGAAACGGAAUCGUCACGGGUUAAAGUAAUCUUUUUGCCAACCUGAGAGUCAAAUCCUUAUUUCCUCGUCCCAAACGGCAGAGACCUAGCAAACCGAAGGGACAGCAAGUGUCGCUGCGCCACCAACCACCAUCCUUGCCCAGGAGAGGAGAGGGAACAGAGGGAGAAGGUCAGCUAUGGGGGAUACGGCGAGGAGCUCCAUACUGGUGCACAUUCUGGUGAUUGCUCUCUGCCUGACCGCCUUCGGCUUCGCCAUCGCCGCCGAGCGCCGCCGCAGCACGGGUUCAAUAGUCACGGACAGCUCCAAUACCACAUUUUGUGUUUAUGACUCCGAUAUUGCUACCGGCUAUGGUGUUGGUGCUUUCCUGUUUCUUCUCUCAGGCCACUCACUGCUUAUGGGUGUUACAAGAUGCAUGUGCUUCGGCGCCCCACUUGCGCCAGGUGGAACCAGAGCCUGGUCCAUUAUAUACUUCGCAUCGUCAUGGAUCACAUUCUCAAUUGCAGAGGCGUGCCUUAUUGCCGGAGCAACAAAGAACGCAUACCACACAAAGUAUAGGGAUAUGGUAUAUGCUGGUAACUGGACUUGUCAAUCUCUGCGCAAAGGAGUUUUUAUUGCAGGAGCAGUUUUCGUGGUGUUCACCAUGAUUCUGAACGUGUACUUCUACAUGUACUAUGCAAAGGCCACGAGCCAAGCUGCCAAAAAGAUCAGUAAGACAACCCCCAGCGUUAGCAUGACUGGCUAUGCAUGAGCAAUCUAAUAGAACUCUCUUGUGAUAGAAAAAAAAGCAUAUUUGUAUUUGUGGUAUUUUCUGUAACACUGCAGUGAGUAAUUUUGGGACAUGACUUAGUUUCGCUUAAAUGUUUAUGUGUAUAGUUUAAUCUUUGCAAAACCAAAGUACUCUUGUGGUGCUACCUUAUCUGACAGACCGUCGGUUGUGUAAACAAAGUGUUUGCAACAAACAAUAUGAACUUGUCGUUUGAACA